CGUCGUCCUCCCCCGCAGCCCCAGCUCGGGCCCUGCUCAGGCCGUCACGGAGGGAGGAGGCAGCGAGCGCGGACCCUCCCACCACAGCCACAGCCACAGCAGCCGGGAUAUGGAGCGGCCCUGACUUCCUGCACACACGGGAAGGAGAGCGGCCCCACCGCAGCCAUGAGCAACAACAACAGAACCGCCAAGAGGGCGGCCCACUGCGGCUCCCUCCUGCUCACCGCCACCGAGAACGACACGCUCUUCGGCUGCCUGGGAAAGAAAUGCGUGACAAUUAAUUCUGCUGUUGUUCAACUUUAUAUCUCAGAUCGCAACUCUGUAUGGGUAAAAAAAUGCUGUGGAGUAGUAUGCCUAGUGAAAGACAAUCCACAGAGAUCCUAUUUCAUUAGGGUAUAUGAUAUCAAGGAGAGCAGACAACUCUAUGAACAGGAGCUGUACUAUAAUUUUGUAUAUAAUAGCCCAAGAUCAUAUUUUCACACUUUUGCUGGAGAUACAUGUCAAGUUGGUCUCAAUUUUGCUAAUGAAGAAGAAGCAAGGAGAUUCAGGAAGGAAAUUACUGACUUACUUUCAAGAAGGCCGAAGAAACCUGAUAAAAAGAGAGAACCUCCAAAUGGCCCGAAUUUACUACCUAUGGCAACAGUUGACAUUAAAAACCCAGAAAUCACAAACAGACACAAUGCACAAGUGAAUAACAUUCCUUAUAGCAAAGAGAAGAAAAAAGGAAAAAACAAGAAGAAAAAGCUUACCAAAGCAGACAUUGGAACUCCAAGUAACUUCCAACAUAUUGGACAUGUGGGAUGGGAUCCAAACACAGGUUUUGAUGUCAAUAAUUUGGACCCAGAACUGAAAAAAUUGUUUGACUUGUGUGGAAUCUCAGAGGCUCAGCUUAAAGAUAAGGAAACCUCAAAGGUUAUUUAUGACUUCAUUGAAAAAACUGGAGGAGUUGAGGCUGUGAAAAAUGAGUUGCGCAGGCAGGGUCCCCCACGUUGGAGUGCACCGCCACCACCACCACCGUCAAGGGGAGGUCCUCCUGCACCACCUCCACACAGCUCAGGACAAGCACCACCUCUUCCACCUUCAAGAGGCAGGGGAGUACCACCACCACCGCCUCCAUCCCGAGCUCCCACGACUGCACCUCCACCUCCUCCACCUUUCAGACCAGGAUCCUCAGCCCCACCACCACCACCUCCUAACCGAAUGUAUCCUCAACCAUUGCCAGGUCAUUCUUCAUCAGCACCUUCAAGUCCACCUCCACCACCACCUCCACCAGUGUCACAUUUUGGUACAGCUGCACCACCUCCUCCCCCGCCUCCACCCCCUCCUGGACCACCACCUCUGCCUGGCAGCACAGCAGAUCCAGAUCAUCAGCCUCCAUCUUCUGGAGGAGGGAAAUCUGCUCUUCUUGACCAAAUUAGAGAAGGCGCCCAGCUAAGGAGAGUAGAUGGCAACAAAGAAAGUCGACCCGUGUCGUCCUCUGGACGAGAUGCACUGUUAGACCAAAUACGUCAGGGCAUACAGUUAAAGUCUGUACCUGAUGAGGCAGAUACUGUGGCAACUCCAGCUACACCUACCACGGGAAUUGUAGGAGCGCUGAUGGAAGUAAUGCAGAAAAGGAGUAAAGCCAUUCAUUCUUCAGAUUCUGAUGAAGAUGAAGACGAUGAUGAAGAUUUUGAGGAUGACGAUGAAUGGGAAGAUUGAUCAGCAUACACAUAUAUAAUAUAUAUUUUUUUUAAGGUGAAUGAAUACUAAACACUACUUUCUGUCUAUGAAUUCUGUAAAAUUAUCAUGUAAAUGGUCUACCAAUUUGCUGUAUAUUUUUGUUGCCUUUUGCUUUUUUUUAUUAAUCUGUGCAAUACCUCAUUCAAUUUGCAAAGGUUUGUCGUAACGCUCCACACAGCUUACUCCCUCCUAUCGUAUGCAGUUUCACAUUAAAAAGCUAAUGGCGAUAAUGGGAAUUAACAAAAUGACAUCGUUUUGGCAAUCUAAGGGAGACGUAAGUGGAACAGUGGCAGAGAAACCUUUAAUGUAAUUGUUAUAAUGAAAAAAAGAACACUAUUUUCUUACCCUAAUUUUUCUGUAACUAAAUUUCUUAUUAAAAUCUAGUAUAGCACUACAUUCUUUUUUUAAGUGAUGCUAAUCUCAGCUAAUUAAGCCCCAUCAUUUUGAAUGGUAAGCUAAACAUAUGGUGAAUAUGUAUAUUUUUAUUUUUUUUCUUUGCACGUUUCUUUUUUUUUUUCUUCACACAGCAGGAAGUCCAUUUGUAUUAAUGCAACAACAAAUAAUGCAUUUAAGCAUGUGCUGUUGAACAGCAUUACUAUUUGACUGUUUAAACAAGACUUUCCAUCACCUCUUUCCUUCCUUUGUAAGGUUGAUGGCAGGAAUUUGAAUGGAAAUCACACUAGUGCAUAAUCUAAUUUACACAACUUAAUAUAUAUAUAUAUAUAUAUGAAAUACGAGGAAGUCGGAUACGGCAUUGCUAUACUCAUUGCAAACUGAAGACUGUCUUCCAAUUAUUGCAUUGGCUAUACUAUGGAAAUGGUUUUAAUUGUAUCUGUUCAACAUCUUCACAGCUUGGGUAUAACCCUCAACGUCUAUCUAACGCUAAAGACUUUUUUUUGUAAAACUGUUUUGCACUUUCAUUUUAAUUGUUAUGACAGAAAUGCUUGGUGCUUGCUUCCAUAAUGUUGGGUUAAAUUCAUUAAUUAGUCUAGGACAGAAUAUUUUACAGUAUACAUUCAGUGCUGUUAUUUAGCUGCUGUGUUUGCAGCCCACGGAUUAAAAUGCAUCAAUAUCUGUACACUAAAUCACCAUUCAUGCAGGAAAAACUAUGUGGAAUGGCAUAUGGAUACAAGUCAUUAUGGAAAAAUAAACACUAAUAUGUAAUGA